GGCGCCCCGGCGGCGGAGCCAAGAUGGCGGCGGUGGUUCAGAAUGUGGUCAAGCUGCUGGGCGAGCAGUACUACCGGGACGCCAUGGAGCAGUGCCACAGCUACAACGCGCGGCUCUGCGCCGAGCGCAGCGUCCGCCUGCCCUUCCUGGACUCCCAGACCGGCGUGGCCCAGAGCAACUGCUACAUCUGGAUGGAGAAACGGCACCGCGGGCCCGGUUUGGCGGCCGGGCAGCUCUACUCGUACCCAGCGCGGCGCUGGCGCAAGAAACGCCGCGCUCACCCCCCGGAGGAUCCCCGGCUCUCCUUCCCUUCCAUCAAACCCGACGCGGAGCAGGCUCUGAAGAAGGAGGGGCUGCUGUCCCAGGACGGGAGCAGCCUGGAGGCGCUGCUGAGGACGGAUCCUCUGGAAAAGCGUUCCCUGCCGGAUCCCAGGAUGGACGACGACAGCCUGGGAGAGUUCCCGGUCACCAACAGCCGCGCCCGGAAGCGGAUCCUGGAGCCGGACGAUUUCCUGGACGAUUUGGAUGAUGAGGAUUACGAGGAGGACACACCCAAGCGCCGAGGGAAGGGCAAGGCCAAGGGAAAAGGCGUGGGAGGCGCUCGGAAGAAGCUGGACGCCGCCAUCCUGGAGGACCGCGACAAACCCUACGCGUGUGACAACAGUUACAAACAAAAGCAUUCCUUGAAACCUCCCGACCGAGUCUGCGGGAAGCGCUACAAGAACCGCCCGGGGCUGAGCUACCACUACGCCCAUUCCCACCUGGCCGAGGAGGAGGGCGACGACAAGGACGACUCCCAGCCCCCCACUCCCGUCUCCCAGCGCUCCGAGGAGCAGAAAUCCAAGAAAGGUCCCGAUGGAUUGGCGCUUCCCAACAAUUACUGCGAUUUCUGCCUGGGAGAUUCCAAGAUCAACAAGAAGACGGGACAGCCCGAGGAGCUCGUGUCCUGCUCCGACUGCGGCCGCUCCGGCCACCCGUCGUGCCUGCAGUUCACGCCGGUGAUGAUGGCAGCGGUGAAGACGUACCGCUGGCAGUGCAUCGAGUGCAAGUGCUGCAACAUCUGCGGCACCUCCGAGAACGACGAUCAGCUGCUGUUCUGUGACGACUGCGACCGCGGGUACCACAUGUACUGCCUGACCCCGCCCAUGGCCGAGCCCCCCGAGGGGAGCUGGAGCUGCCACCUCUGCCUGGACCUGCUCAAGGAGAAGGCGUCGAUUUACCAGAACCAGAACAGCUCCUGAUCCUGCUCUUCCUCCUCAUCCUCAUCCUCACCCCCUCGGCUUUGGGGCUUUUCCCCCUUUUUUUGGG